UGUAAAAAGACUUUGUAAACAAAAGGAGCAUGGUUUCGUUUUUUCUGGAAGUUGCUUUUUUUCUCUGUAAAUACUAUGUUUGAUUGUAUAAGGACAUUUAUAAACAUAAUAGCUGCUCUAGUCCUUUAAAACUUUGAUAUUUCUUUAAAUUAAUUUUUUUUAAUAAGGAUAAUAAUAUUUUGGAUGAAAAUGCAAAGAGUUUUAGAUUUAAUAGAAAAAAUAUUUCUUUCUGUUACGAAAAAUAAGAAACUUAUAUUGUCAUGCUUUGAAAAUGAAGCAUUAAAAUUAUUAAAUUGCGAUGUUCAAGCGAAAAUUCUUAAUAUAACUGUGAAAAAUCCGUUGUGUUUGAAAUAUCCUCCUCCUGUAUCAUAUCAAAAAUUCUUUCUUCGAUGCCUUUAUGACUGUGUUGAGAGGUUUGGAUCUGAAUGCUCUGAUGAUCUUGCAAAAGUGUAUACAGAUAUUUUGUUGGUACAAGAUGUUCAAAAUGUUGGUUAUCAUUCCUACAAAAUAGAUGAAAAAUGCACUAUCACUCUUCAAGAAAACUCCUGUUUUGUUGCAAAAAGUACAACUGGCCUACAAACAUGGGAGGCAGCUAAAUACUUAUCUGAAUGGUGCAUAAGAAAUAGAUCAUAUUUUGAAAGCAAGACAAUAUUAGAACUUGGAUCUGGUAUUGGACUUUUAGGAAUAAUAGUUUUGAAAUUCUGUGAUCCUGAAAAAUACAUAUUUUCAGACAAAAGUAAAGAAGUAUUAAAAUUAUUGUCCUCAAAUAUAAAAAUCAAUUUGAAAAAUCAUGGAAAUGGAGUUACUGAACAACAACAGCUGACAUGGGCAGAUAUUAACAAUGAAGAAGCUGCAAUAAUAUCACCAGAUGUGAUUCUUGGAACAGAUAUAGUUUUUGACAUCAACACAAUAGGAAGUCUUAUACAAGCACUGAACAUACUUAUGAUUAAAAAGGGAGCCUGUGCUUAUAUUGCUUCAACCAUAAGGAAUCCAGAAACAGACCAUAAAUUUCGUGAACUUUUAGGUACAUCAAGUUUAACAUAUCAAAUUUUGGAAAGUCACCAAAAGACUAUGUUUAUUUAUGAUGAUUCUUCUACUUUAAUACUAUAUAAAAUUUUUAAAGAAUCUAAAUAAAAUUUUUAUAUUGCAG